GAAAUUUGGACAAUAGUAGCUUCCCUUCAAUUACUAUAAAUACAGAGUCUAUGAUUUUAAGUUUUCCUCCCCAGAAUUCUUUAGAUUCUCAGAAAUGCCCCAUUUAUUUGUCGUCAUUUGCCCAAAGCGAUGAAACCAUAAUGAUACGCCAACAGCCAACUCACUCACGCCUCUGUGGCGUACAAUCAAUGAUUGCGGACCUGGGUGAGGUGAACCAAGGGUAUUUUAGUAAAACGAAAAAGCACAAGGACAUACCUGUAAUUUUGUCUUCUCAUUCGAAAUUAAUAAUAAAGAAUAAUCAAAUUAGAGGCGUCUCAUCUCCGAACUCGUAGAAGACAGAAGCGGGAAGAGGGCACGUUGAUGGUCAAAAUCUUUUUCUUACGUCACAUUUUCCCAUCUCAAUAGAAAUUUCAGGUGAUUAUCGUGUUGAUGUGUUCCAAAAGUCGAAAUUAGCCAUCGUCGUCACGCCACCAUCCACCUUUCCCAUUUCCCUAUUUCACUUCGCCUCCAAGAACCCAUUUUAAAUCGAGAAAGACAACCUCUGGACACUACCCAUUAUCCCUCCAGCAAAGGAGUGUUUUCAAUUUGAUGCAAAGCUGCGGAAUCUUUCAGGGUUCUGUACCUGGAUGUGCUGAUCGAUGUCGGAGAUGGAGAAUGACGACGGAAACCUGUUCGGGAAGUACGAGCUCGGGAGGUUGCUCGGUCGCGGAGCCUUCGCCAAGGUCUAUCACGCGCGGAACGUGCGGACGGGGCAGAGCGUGGCCAUCAAGGCCGUGAGCAAGCAGAAGGUGGUGCGAGGUGGGUUGGUCGCGCAAAUUAAGAGGGAGAUCUCUGUCAUGCACCGGCUGCGCCACCCGCACAUCGUGAAGCUCUUCGAGGUGAUGGCGACGAAGACGAAGGUGUACUUCGUGAUGGAGUUUGCCAAGGGCGGCGAGCUCCUCGCGAAGAUCGCGAAGGGACGGUUCAGCGAGGAUCUCAGCCGUUGGUACUUCCAGCAGCUCAUCUCCGCUGUCGGGUACUGUCACUCGCGCGGCGUUUUCCACCGCGAUCUGAAGCCGGAGAAUCUCUUGCUCGACGAGAACUUGGACCUGAAGGUAUCGGAUUUCGGGCUCAGCGCCGUUAAGGACCAAAUCCGGCCUGACGGCCUCCUCCACACGCUGUGUGGUACGCCUGCGUACGUGGCGCCGGAGAUUCUGGCGAAGAAAGGCUACGACGGAGCGAAGGUCGACGUGUGGUCGUGCGGCAUCAUCCUCUACGUUCUUAUCGCAGGGUACCUCCCGUUCAACGAUCCGAAUCUCAUGGUAAUGUAUCGCAGAAUCUACAGAGGCGAAUUCCGGUGCCCGAAGUGGACGUCGCCGGAUCUCCGGCGGUUAUUGUCUCGCCUCCUCGACACGAAUCCGGAAACGAGAAUUACCGUCGACGAGAUUGUACGCGACCCCUGGUUCCAUAAAGGCUACAGAGAGAUCAAGUUCCACGAAGAAUUCGAUCUGAAGGACAACGAACACGCCGAAAACUCGAAGUUCCUGAACGCCUUCGACAUCAUAUCGUUUUCGUCAGGCGUCGACUUAUCGGGUCUUUUCAGGGAUUCUGGGACGCCGGCCGGCGGCGAGCGGUUCGUUUCGGCGGAGCCGCCCGAGAAAGUAAUUGCAAAAAUCGAAGAGGUCGCGAAGGCGGAGAACGUGACGGUUGAGAGAAAAGCAGAGUGGAGGCUACAGUUGGUGGGGCAGAAUGGUAAUUUGGUGGCUAGUAUAGUGAUUUACCGGCUAACGGAGAAGUUAGUUGUGGUGGAUGUGAAGAGAAUGGAGGUAGGGGUGGGGCCUAGUGAGGAAAUAUGGAAGGAUAAGCUGAGACCCCAGCUGAGUGGUCUAAUAUACGAACCGGAAGCGUCGGUAUCCAGUGGUUAAAAGGAACUGCACUUUUCAGGUGAUGAUUGAGAAAUCAGAUCUCUGACAGGUUAUCGGGAUGGGUAAAUGGGUAUGGCACAUUACUAUUAUCUGUUGGGUCCGGUUUACCCGAAUGACCCCUCAUGAAUUAUUAUGGAUAUAAUAUUAUUUGAACCUAAUUGAUGGGAGUGAAGCCCACCGCUCCCCCACAAAAACAAGAAGUGCUUUUGAAGUUUAGAAAAUAAUAAUGGGACGAAGGCUAUUAUGAAUAUAAUUAUCAUUUAUCAUGAAUAUAUUUUGCUCCAAAAA